AUGAACUUUGAAAUUAUCAGCAGGUUGGGAACUAUUAAAGCAAAUAAUAGUUGUAGCCAGUUUCCUUUAGAAAUCGUUUGGCCUCCAUAUAGAAGAUCAGCUGUUUUCAUAUUAUUAUUUGUCGGUUUAAAUGGCGAAUUAAGAGUGCUGCUGACGAGGAGAUCAAGAAAAAUAAGGUCUUUCAGUGGUGAUGUAUCUUUACCAGGCGGUAAAGCGGAUAAUAUUAAAGAGACUUGUAUGGACAUCGCAAGAAGAGAAACUUUUGAGGAAAUCGGGCUACCCCAAGAUGACCAUAUAUUAGAAUCCAAAUACAAUAUAAAAUUGGAAAAUCUAUGCAAUGGUAAAUGGCCAUGCUAUUUAUCAAAAAAUUUUCUAAGUGUGAAGCCUACAAUUUGGUUUAUGCAUAACAAUAAUAGUACCACCUCAAAUAACAAUAAAUAUUCAGAGCCUUUGAAAUUAAAGAAAUGGUUUGGCCAUCUAAAUGACGGAGAAACUUCAAGCAUUUUUAGUAUUCCCUUAAAAGAUGCAAUUUCAGUCAAAACACAAUCUUCAUUACCACAUGAAUACAGUAGAUUUAAAGAAAUUGGUUAUAAAUGGGGGGGAAUCAGUAGAAACAUAUUGUACUAUUAUUACGAUACUAAUAGUCCAAAUUUCCAUGAAGUCAGUUGGUUAAAAGAUAUUGGAGAUAUGAGCAGUGACGAAGAGUAUAAUUCCGGUUCCAUUUCUGAAAAUAUUAAAGUUAAAAAAUUAUGGGGGUUAACUGCACAAAUAUUAUAUGAUAUAGCAUCAGUUGGAUAUCAAACGGAUCCAUUGUUGUUGCCUAAUAAAAGUAUUUCUGACAAAACUAAUCGAAUAAUCGGUCAUGAAACUCUACUUUAUGGACUACAUGAAUUUGCUCACCAAAUGAAUUCUUCGAAGAGGAGCAAAUGGGAAAAAGAUAUGAUUGCUAACAAUCCUAAAGCAAAAUUCGAUCAAGUUAUACCUGUGUUUUAUACUAAGUGA